UAAGAACAUUUCAAAUUGUGUGCAAAGCUCCGAAAGAUUUUGGCUAUCACUUUGUACCGUUGGCUUUGUACUUCGUAAAGAAAGAUUCAUAUACACGUGAAAUCAUACAGAAGGAAGAAAUGGGAGCAUGGACGCAGGAUUUCGUACUACGAUUUGUAUCACUGCAUGUUAUAGGUGACAUGCAUGAAGAGUUAGCUGCAACAUCUGAGUUCAAUAGACUGGAAAAACAUCGUGAGGCACCUUUCGACGUAACUGUGGCGGGGGAGCCGCUACCAGAGCCAGUUAGAAACGGUUUAGCCUGAAAAUUGCAACCAUUUUCAAUGCCACCGCAUCUUUACGGUUAUGUGAAGAAAGGAAUUACUCUUGAGGACGUAAAAUGGGUAAUACAUUCCUCAUAUCUGAGCAAAAUAUUGGACCGUCUUACAAGCCCUGAAAACUACAGAUCCAAGUUUCACUAUCUGCUAUGGAUAGAAGAAAUGCAAAUGAGGACAGAUAUUCAUCAGUAUGACUUAAACGACGUUACUAUGGAUUUAGUUCAGAACACCGGAAAAAUGAAACUGGAAGUGCCAGGCCUAGCUGAAAAUAGACCAUCUGUUCUGCAAGGAUACCAUUUAUACAUUUACAUAUGCUGUGAUGGUGGCAAAGUAAACAAUAAAGCUGCGGGUGAGAAGUUAUUAGUUAAGGUCAGCAAUCUAAGUUUUGAAUUAAAGUGCGAGGGCGAGGAUUCAGAAGACCGUGAUGUCGAACGAAACAAACGUGUACGGUACGAAGGAAUCGUCCAUAAAACAGAGUUGCACCAUGUUCAUUUGGGGGUUGCAAGGAAAUUGCAGAAUUCGUGGAUGGAAGGGAAACGCUAUAAUGUGGAAUUUACCAUUCCGCCGUUCAACAUGUGGGUCCAGCACCGUGCAGUUGAAAAUGCUAUCCCUUUCAUGGACUUGCUUUUUCCGGAAAAACAUGACGAAGGCUGUAAAAAUCCAGACAUCGUUCUAAGGCCAUUUUUUGACAAGAAGCUUAAUUCCGAACAACAGACUGCGGUGAGGAACAUUGUACAAGGAACCAGUCGUCCAGCUCCGUACAUCAUAUUUGGUCCGCCGGGCACCGGUAAAACUGUAACGAUCACUGAGGCAAUCAAACAGGUGUAUGGUGGACAGAACGACAGUCGCAUUCUGGUGUGUUGUCCAGAAAACACUGCUGCUGAUUUUCUCAUGCGUAAACUGCUAAAGACAGGACCAGUUAUGAAGAAGGACAUUUUCAGGAUGUUUGCGAUAUCUCGGGCGUAUGAAACCGUGCAUCCGGACAUUUGGAAUUCCGAUCAGCACAACUAUGACCAUGAAAACACCUGCUUUUACUACCCGACCGUUGACAGCCUCAAGCAAUGCAGGAUCCUUGUUGUCACAUUGAUGACGUCUGGAAGAAUGGUGACCGGCAAGUUUCCAAAGAACCACUUCACUCACAUCUUCAUUGACGAAGGUGGUCACGCUGUAGAACCAGAAUGCAUCGUGCCAAUAACGGGACUGAUGGACCCGACAGACAAAUCAGGGCGUGCACAGUUGGUGAUUUCUGGAGAUCCUCAACAACUAGGACCAAUCAUUCGGUCACCGAUUUCUCUGAAUUUUGGAUUGGCUAUUUCCCAUAUGGAGAGACUGAUGACCGAUAUCGAGAUGUACAAAACCCAGCCAUGUGACGAACGCUACAUAACAAAACUUAUCCGCAACUACCGGUCACAUGACAGCAUUCUGGAAAUUCCACGACGUCUCUUCUACAACAAUGAGCUAAAGGCGUGCGGUGACCCAGUUAUCUUGAAUUCUAUGUUGGACUGGGAAAUGUUGCCGAACAAGAAAUUCCCCAUAAUAUUCCAUGCUGUGUUUGGAAAGGAUGAACAAGAAGAGACGAAAUUGCUCAAAUCGAUAAAUACCUUAUAUCACUUCUGAAGGAGAAGAAAGGACGAAAACUGAAACCAUCUGACAUCGGCAUAAUUUCGCCAUACAGAAAACAGGUUGCAAAGAUACGACAAAUGCUUACAGCAAAGCGGCACGUCUUGAACAGCAAUGAAAUAACUGUGGGCUCCGUGGAAGAAUUCCAAGGUCAAGAGUUCACGGUAAUCAUCAUUUCAACUGUUCGAUGCAGCAGGUCAACUGCCUAC